UUGGCAUGGCGUCAACUCAUAAACUACAGUAGCUAGCUGAUUGAAAGCUGGAUGAAGACUAUGCUUGAAGCAUUCGUUCCUCGCCAGUGCUGGUGCUACCGUAGCUUCAACUUUAAUAAAGGGAAACAACAAUGGGAACUCUACAACUCUACUAGCUAGCUAUAGCUUACCCCCAACACAGAGCUCGUUGGACGUCUGUUCUCACAAAUCAGACAAACAAACAGAAUCAAACCGCAACAAUAGCAACUUACAAAGAGCAAACAUGACUCUCGGCCUUGUCAGAAACUUCCUGCGUCCCACCUCCCGAAGAAACCAUCAAAGCCGUACUGUUCCCCGAGGUCGCAACGACCAACAGCCAAACCCCGCCCCACAAACUACCCAGCGCAGAUUGUACACCCAAGAAGAAAAGAAUCAGAGGGAGAUGCAAAUGAGAAAGCUAUGGUACACUUUCUUUCUGAAACCACACGUUACAGUCUUGAAAUCCAAGCACUUUAUGGAUGUCGCUGCAGAAGCAACUUCCGACCUUGUGUGCCAUCCCAUUGGCGUCGAAGAAAUCCCCGUAAAGACAAUCAAGCUAUUUCAUAAACUUGACAAAUCGAUCCAACAUGUGGACGCCGAAUGCUCCAUUUGCCUGGUGGAGUACCAGGCAGGAGAGCGAAUCAUUCAAUCCGCCGACAUGGAGGAUGGAACGUGCUGCAAUCACGUGUUUCACGAGGAGUGCAUGAUGGAGUGGUUGGAACGGGGCCACAAGCGUUGUCCAUGCUGUCGCCGUUGGUUCGUUCCGGGGGCUCCCAUUAAGCAGCAGAUGAAAGAAGCUCGUGUUGGCAUUCGCCAAUCUGUUUGUAACUUGUAUGACAAGCAAACCAGGAAGCGUCUUGUGGCCUUGAAAGAGAAAGAAGAAGAAGGCAAGGCUUCUUCGGAAAGGACAGCCAGCGAGUUUUGGGUGUAGAUUCAUUUUUGGGUCAGCAGCCAGACUUGACGAUACCCCCAGCACAUCAUAGAUCGAUCAGCCUCCCCAUGCCAAUUCCAAUUCCCACUAUACACAAAAUGAAUAGAUUCAGUUAGAUAAACAACCAGUAGAGAUACAUUUUCCAAUC